CCGGGCCGGGCCGGGGGGCGGCGGCGGCGCUGGAUCCGCGGCUGCCCGAUCGUUGGCGGGAGAUGUCGAACCCCGGGACGCGGAGGAACGGCUCCAGCAUCAAGAUCCGUCUGACAGUAUUAUGUGCCAAGAACCUUGCAAAGAAAGACUUCUUCAGACUCCCUGACCCUUUUGCCAAGAUUGUUGUAGACGGAUCUGGGCAGUGCCACUCAACGGACACUGUGAAGAACACGCUGGACCCGAAGUGGAACCAGCACUACGACCUAUAUGUUGGAAAAACGGAUUCUAUAACCAUCAGCGUGUGGAACCACAAGAAGAUUCACAAGAAGCAGGGAGCUGGCUUCCUGGGGUGUGUGCGGCUGCUCUCCAACGCCAUCAGCAGAUUAAAAGAUACUGGCUACCAGCGUUUGGAUCUGUGCAAACUAAACCCCUCAGAUACUGACGCAGUUCGUGGCCAAAUAGUGGUCAGCUUACAGACACGAGACAGGAUCGGCACCGGCGGGUCUGUGGUGGACUGCAGAGGUCUGCUAGAGAGUGAAGGAACCGUGUAUGAAGACUCCGGGCCUGGAAGGCCUCUCAGCUGCUUCAUGGAGGAGCCAGCCCCGUACACGGAUGGCCCCGGGGCUGCUGCCGGCGGGGGCAACUGCAGGUUUGUGGAAUCCCCAAGUCAAGACCAAAGACUUCAGGCCCAGCGACUGCGAAACCCUGAGGUGCGAGGGUCGCUGCAGACGCCACAGAACCGACCUCACGGCCACCAGUCCCCGGAGCUGCCCGAAGGCUACGAGCAGAGGACCACGGUGCAGGGCCAGGUGUACUUCUUGCACACGCAGACGGGCGUCAGCACGUGGCACGACCCCAGGAUACCCAGAGACCUUAACAGCGUGAACUGUGAUGAGCUUGGACCACUGCCGCCUGGCUGGGAAGUCCGCAGCACAGUUUCCGGGAGAAUCUAUUUUGUGGAUCAUAAUAACCGAACAACCCAGUUUACAGACCCACGGUUACACCACAUCAUGACUCACCAGUGCCAACUGAAGGAGCCCAGCCAGCCACCACCGCCCCCCAGCGAGGGCUCCGUGGAGGACGAGGAGCUGCCCGCCCAGAGGUACGAGAGAGAUCUGGUCCAGAAACUGAAGGUCCUCAGACACGAGCUCUCCCUGCAGCAGCCCCAGGCUGGCCACUGCCGCAUCGAGGUGUCCAGAGAGGAGAUAUUUGAGGAGUCUUAUCGCCAGAUAAUGAAGAUGCGACCAAAAGACUUGAAAAAGCGACUCAUGGUGAAAUUCCGAGGAGAAGAAGGCUUGGACUAUGGCGGGGUGGCGAGGGAGUGGCUUUAUUUACUGUGUCAUGAAAUGUUGAAUCCAUACUAUGGCCUCUUCCAGUACUCCACGGACAACAUUUACAUGUUGCAAAUCAACCCAGAUUCUUCAAUCAACCCUGACCACUUGUCUUACUUCCAUUUUGUGGGUCGGAUCAUGGGCUUGGCUGUGUUCCACGGACACUACAUCAAUGGGGGUUUCACGGUUCCUUUCUACAAGCAGCUACUGGGGAAGCCCAUCCAGCUUUCUGAUUUGGAAUCGGUGGACCCUGAACUCCAUAAGAGCUUAGUGUGGAUUCUAGAGAACGACAUCACCCCCGUGCUCGACCACACGUUCUGUGUAGAGCACAACGCUUUUGGGCGGAUUCUUCAGCACGAACUGAAACCCAACGGCAGGAAUGUCCCCGUUACAGAGGAGAAUAAGAAGGAAUAUGUCCGGUUGUAUGUAAACUGGAGGUUCAUGAGGGGAAUCGAGGCCCAGUUCCUGGCUCUCCAGAAGGGGUUUAACGAGCUCAUCCCUCAACACUUACUGAAGCCUUUUGACCAGAAGGAGCUGGAGCUGAUCAUCGGUGGCCUGGACAAGAUCGACCUGGACGACUGGAAGUCCAACACGCGGCUGAAGCACUGCGGGGCCGACAGCAACGUGGUCCGGUGGUUCUGGCAGGCGGUGGAGACCUUCGACGAGGAGCGGCGGGCCCGGCUGCUGCAGUUCGUGACGGGCUCCACGCGGGUCCCCCUCCAGGGCUUCAAGGCGCUGCAAGGCUCUACAGGCGCCGCAGGGCCCCGGCUCUUCACCAUCCACCUGAUUGACGCCAACACGGACAACCUGCCCAAGGCCCACACCUGCUUUAACCGGAUUGACAUCCCUCCCUACGAGUCGUACGAGAAGCUCUAUGAGAAGCUGCUGACGGCGGUGGAGGAGACCUGUGGGUUUGCUGUGGAGUGAGGUGCACCCCGAGGAGCAGACAUGAGUUCACGGCCACCAGACCCCGAGCGGCAGCUCUCUGGAUGCCUCUGCGAAGCCGGCUGCGGCCCUGGAAUCCUAGAAACCUGAGGGAAAGGCUGGUCUCCCUGCUUUUGGCUGGGGGAGCAAGGGGGCGGGCAGACUGCGGCUGGUGGCCCCUCCCACGUUCUCCUCCCCCUCCUGGCAGGACCACCCCCAUCCACCCCAUCCAAUAAACGCAGCCGGGUCAGCACCGCUUCGGUCGCACAGGAUCCUCUGCUCGGGCCGCGGCACUUGCAGUGGCAGCUCAGCGCCCGUGGGCUCCACAGGAGUCUCGACCCCCAGGCAGGGAGCCGCGCGGGGCACACCCCACAGCCGGGCCCGCUGCUGUCUCAAAGCCCACCUGAGGCCCCUUUUCGAGUUCAGCAGUUCCGAUUCCACACCCCACAUCCCAGCGGCCUGCUCUGGGUAGCAGGUUAAGUUCUAACUGAACAAGAACCGUAAAAUAGAUGCUUACUGGAGUUCUGCCACUGCAGGAAGCUGGCGUCAAGACUGUGCUUCCAUUUUGGAAGGGGACGCGAGUCGGGGCGGCUUGCGUUGGGGGCCUGGCUGUUUGUUUUCAGGGUUUCCUGGCUGAAAACUUUGUUCUGCAGAGAAAAAUGAUCUUUCCUUUACAGAGUCCCUUUAGCCACAUUGUCUAUCCAGUUCAAAAUAUUUUUCCAGCAAGAACCACCACAUAACAGAGCUUAUAAAACAGACCAAAACCAGCCCCGCCCCGCCCCCACAGCUGCACCUGGAAGGUGUCACCUGGAUACUAACGAACCAUUUUGUGGAAAGUGCUUAAGAACUAAAACUAACAGGCCAGAAUUCUGUCUUCGUAGCUGCUGGCUUGGUGCGAGCUAGCUUGAAAAGGAGAGAGAGAAUGUCUAACCCCCAUGAUCUACGUUCACCCCAAGUCACUGUUUUACAAAAAGCGGGUCACGGAUGGAGACCUGAAGGCAGAGGGGCCCCUGGACCCGUUGGCCCACGUCCCUGUCUGAUGGCAACACUCACCAAACACCGCGGCUCGACUCGCCCGCCCAGGCGAUGAGCAAGGCCGGAGAAAGCCCUGACCCUAAAUUUCUAACACUGUUCCCCAAUUUGCACAAAAGUUCAAAUAUUUUAAAAUGGUUCAAUUUCAUAGCUAGACUUCAGUGGAAAAACAGCAGCGGCAACAAAGUCUCCCGUGUGGACUUGCAUUGUUUUUGUUUGGGGGCCGAGUGCAGGGUAACGCGCUGGCAGGAGUGUCCCUGCUGAACUUCUGUUGUGGACGUUCCCGAGGUCCGUGCUGGGAUCCAUCUGGCUGUGGGUCUGGAAGGCGCUUUCUGGCUGCCUGACCUGUUCUUUUUUGUUCCCGACGCCUAUGGAGCGCUGACCCUCUGCAUCUUGCUGUGGUUCUUCUCUUGACCCGGAAGCAGUCAGUGGCCUGGGGGUGGGGGAGGGGGGUGGUGCGCAGAGAGAGAAAGCCGUGCUGUUGGGCGACUCGCUGGGGUUCUAGAAUAGGAAGGAUGCCGGUGGCUAUAAAAGGAAAAGCGCCCCCUCAGAAUGUCCGGGCUGUGGGCUGAGCCAUGCCCGAGUUACCCUGACGCUUUCCGGGUGUGCUGGGAGCUGGCUCCUCAGGGGCGUCCUCUGGGGUGUGAGGGUACAGACACACACACCCCGCCCUGUGACCUGGACCUAAACCUAGAGGAGGGGACCGAGGGGGGAAGACAUACCUGGUUUUCCUGGGGUGUCGGCCAGAGCCUGCCGUAAUUAGGGAGGAGACGAGGGUCUCGUGGCUGAGAAGACCUGGAAGCAGGAAUGAGGCGUUUGCCGCCUCUGCGGGGGUGGGCUGCUUCCCGUGUCACAUGUCACCUCAACAGGAGCAGGGGGGCCCCACCACGCUCCUCCGUGGGCUGCUGGCCACCGUGAGCCUCACCUCCCCAGGGCCUGGCUGCUUCCCUGCUGACACGUGGGCCCCUCAGCCCCCACAGCUGGUGUCAGGGAGCCUGGCAGACCCUUCCAGAGCUCCAGGUCACUCGAGCUAAGCAGGCCUGUUGGUGCCCCUCGAACCUUAGUGUCCACGGGGAGUGGGCCUUUCGACCCCCCACCCCCACCAAAGAAUCGUGUCUAGCCCUGGGUGGUCCCGGGCGAGCCCCCCCCACCCCCACCCCUGCCCCCCCGCCUCUGCCCGGAAGCUUCAGGGCCCGACCCCCAGGCUUGCCUCACCAGCGGUCACAGCCGACCCUCAGGGAUGUAGCAAACCACCGCUCCCGGGUGCUUUAGGAGACCGGAGGGGCUGUGGGGCAGCCGCCAGCCAUCUGCCGGCUCCUCCGGGAGAAGCGCCUGGGAACAAGGCCCGGGGCUCGGUCAGCCCAGGGUCCGAGUCCAGGGCGGGCGGACCUCCAGGCUGAGCUAUCCGAGAAGACGCCCCCGGCUGCAGCCAGGUGUUGCCACAUGGCAGCCUUCCCAACACAUAGUAUGAAUUUUUAAAAUUUGUUUAUUUUUGUCUCUCAACCACUUUAUAAUGUAUUUUUAUUUAUUUUGUUUUUAAGUAACUGCUGCUAUCCUUGUUAUCCUUCCCACAGUUUUUAUUGCUGAUUUAUUUUGUGAAAGUUGUACACUAAUGUUGUUUUAUGUCAAAGUCAAAAGUAUUUAAAGAAUACUAGUUCUAUUUAAUGUGGUUAUAGAACCAGCUGGAAACACAGAACAGUGACUUUACAGCAGGCUGGACCCCGGUGGUCAGGUUCAUUUUGUUACAUAUGCAAUAAACUCACAACUUUA